UGGGGGCGGGACUUGAACCGGAACCCGGAAGCGGCGCGGAGGCCGCCGCUGUUCCCAUCGUGCGGAGGGCCGCGCUCCUGCCGCGCUGACCCCGCCCGGCCCGCGGCGACCCCGGGGCGACUCCAGUGACGUCAUGGUGCUGACGCCGCUCACCCCGCGCCUGCGCGGUUACCGCGUGGUCCUGGCAAGCGCGUCCCCGCGGCGGAAGGAGAUCCUGGACCUCGCAGGUGUGGCUUUCGAGGUUAGCCCUUCGGCCUUCCCCGAGUCGCUGAGCAAGGCCAGGCUGCGAGCCGAGGAUUACGCCCGCGAGACCGCUACACGCAAGGCGCUCGAUGUCGCCGCCCGGAAGUGCCAGGCGGACCCGGUGACCCCGUACCUUGUCAUCGGAGCUGACACGGUUGUGGCUGUGGACGGGCUGAUCUUGGAGAAGCCGGUGGACCGGGAGGACGCGUUCAGGAUGCUGCGGAGGCUGAGCGGAAAGGAGCACAGCGUCAUCACAGGCGUGGCUGUCGUCCUCGCCAGUGGAUCAGGCCGCGACCCUGAAGUGCACGCCUUCCACGAGGAGACGCGGGUGACAUUCUCAGAGCUGUCGGAGGAGCUGGUGCGGGAGUACGUGGACAGCGGGGAGCCCAUGGACAAGGCGGGUGCCUACGGCCUCCAGGCGCGGGGCGGGAUGCUGGCUGAGCGCGUGCACGGGGAUUUCCUGAAUGUCGUGGGCUUCCCGCUCAACCGGUUCUGCCGCGAGCUUGGCCGGAUGCUGCCGGAUCCCGCGACCGAGGGGGACAGGAAGUGAUGUCAUCGGGCGACACACCCACCCUUCCUGCCUCACUUCCUGGCCCCAUCUUGUCCCUUGCAGACCAAGACAGACUUGGGUGCCUCUGCGAGGUCAGAGGUCACAGUGUUUAAGUCUUGUUGAACUUUGACCCCUCCAGGCCCUACCCGCCCCUCCUUGAUGCCCACACGUGACCCCUGACCCCACAUUAAGGGGUCACGGUCAGAGAUGGGAGGGGGUGUGACUAAUAAAGACCUGAGUGCUAACAGCUG